GAGCAGCAGAAGUCACGAUGAGUGCACAAGGUGAGGGACCCGGUCAGCCUUCCACUGCUGCCCAGGAGCAACCUGCAACCGCACAGCCUCAGAAGAGAGGACGAGGCAGACCCAGGAAACAACCACAAGAACCAACUGGUGAACCAUCUCCUAAAAGACCAAGAGGAAGACCCAAAGGAAGCAAAAACAAGAGUCCCUCUAAAGCAGCUCAGAAGAAAGCAGAAGCCACUGGUGAAAAGCGACCUAGAGGCCGGCCCAGAAAAUGGCCUCAACAAGUGGUUCAAAAGAAGCCUGCUCAGGACAUAAGUUAUCUGGAGAGGAGGCAAAAGGAUCAGAAUUUUUGCGGCAAGCUCUUUUUGCCAUGCAGCCUGAAGCGGCAAAAUGGAAACAUCAGAGUGAUGCUGGCCACUGUGUCUGGUGCUGUCGUGUCUGUUUUCAUACAGUACCUCAUCCAGAGCCAUGGAUCCAUAUGCAAUGUCGGGCUUUGCUGA